AGGCAGAGGGAGAAGCAGGCUCCAUGCACCGGGAGCCCGACGUGGGAUUCGAUCCCGGGUGUCCAGGAUCGCGCCCUGGGCCAAAGGCAGGCGCCAAACCGCUGCGCCACCCACGGAUCCCGAUGGGAAUGUUUUGAAGGGAAACCUCAAUUUGUACCUAGAAAGGAAACCGACAACAGCAUCAAAAAUGGUCCGUGUGCUUCGCAGGUGCCUGCCCUUUCCCAAGCUGGGAAGUCAGGAGACCAGGCAGCAGCAGCUGUGCUUCAGAUGGUCAGGCCCCAGGUGUCUGCAGCGUACGAGUUCCUGUCUGUGGACUAUACUGAGAGGAAGUGGAAAGGUCCGGCAGUCGGUCAGAGAGCCGUGUACCGGAGCAUCAUGCCGGGAAAUUAUUGCAGCGUGGCCUCAUUGGGUGACACUAGGAUGCGGUGUUCAGAGUUGCCUGUGAAGCUGGCAGUUUCUAAGGGACCAGAGUCAUCUGAUGGGACGUCAAGAGGGCUCUGUGCAGUAGUUUCUGGGGAACCAGAGGCAGGAGCUGCCUGUGAAGGUACUUCAGAGAAGCUGGAAGGGCAACCCUCAGAUGAAGAAGGGAGCAGACUGGAAAAUGCUUUCUUCAAAAUAACACAUGAGGACAAAGAUAAAUCCACAAAAGGUGGAUGUGAUGAAUAUAAAGAACUUGGGAAGCAUCCACACCUGUCCCCUAGUGCUGCAGCACAUCAAAGAGUACUGAAGGGACAGAAAUUAUAUCAAUGUGAUGAAUGUGGUAAAGCUUUCAAUUGGAGUUCACACCUCAUUGGGCAUCAGAGAAUCCACACAGGAGAGAAACCCUAUGCAUGUAAUGAAUGUGGUAAGACCUUCAGGCAGACCUCUCAGCUCAUCGUUCAUCUCAGAACCCACACGGGGGAAAAGCCCUAUGAGUGCAGAGUGUGUGGAAAGACUUACCGGCAUAGCUCCCAUCUUAUUCAACACCAGAGACUCCAUAAUGGUGAGAAACCAUAUAAAUGUAAUGAAUGUGCAAAAGCUUUCAAUGAAAGUUCCAAACUUUUUGACCAUCAGAGAACCCAUACUGGGGAGAAACCUUAUGAAUGCAGUGAAUGUGGGGCUGCCUUCAGUCGGAGUAAAAAUCUUGUCCGUCAUCAGGUACUUCACACUGGUAAAAAACCUUACAAGUGUAAUGAAUGUGGGAAAGCUUUCUGUUCUAAUAGAAAUCUUAUUGACCAUCAGAGGAUCCACACUGGGGAGAAACCUUAUGAGUGUAAUGAAUGUGGCAAGGCCUUCAGUCGGAGUAAAUGUCUUAUUCGACAUCAGAGCCUCCACACUGGAGAAAAACCAUACAAAUGUAGUGAGUGUGGGAAAGCCUUCAGUCAGAUCUCUCAACUUGCUGACCAUGAGCGAAUUCAUACUGGAGAAAAACCUUUUGAAUGUAAUGAGUGUGGUAAGGCAUUCAGUCUGAGUAAAUGUCUUAUUCGACACCAGAGACUUCACACAGGUGAAAAGCCAUAUAAAUGCAAGGAGUGUGGAAAAUCCUUCAACCAAAACUCCUACCUCAUUAUACACCAAAGAAUCCACACUGGUGAGAAGCCAUAUGAAUGUAAUGCAUGUGGGAAGGUCUUCAGUCAUAAUUCUAGCCUUAUGGUUCAUCAAAGAACCCAUACUGGGGAGAAACCGUAUAAAUGCAACAAUUGUGUGAAGGCCUUUAGUGACAGCUCUCAGCUCACUGUGCACCAAAGAGUUCACACUGGAGAGAAGCCCUAUGAAUGUAUUGAGUGUGGGAAAGCCUUCAGUCAGCGUUCCACUUUUAAUCACCAUCAGCGAACUCAUGAUGGUGAGAGGCACUCAGCUCUGGCCCACACAGUUUGUUAAGACAUGAUUUUCUAAGACAGAGCAAGAAACUUGAGUUAAACUUUCAUUGUAAGAAAGAUACUCUGAUCUUCUCUUGGAAUCAUUAAUCAAGGAGGUUUAUUCCUUGUAUUCUUUCUGCUGGGUUAUGAAGGUAGGAGAGUCAUAGUGCCAUUUUUCCCUACUAUGAGAGAAGUAAGGACUACACAUUUCGUGUGCUUAUAGGUCCUUCCCCCCCCUACAUUCUUUUCUCCCUCCUUCUCUCCCCCCUUUUCUCCCUCUCUCCUCUCCUCUCUUUUUUUGUUUAAAAUGUGUCUCUGGUUUUAGUUAUGAAUCCCAUAAUCAAAUUGUAUACUUCUCAAGGACAGUGGUUAUAUGCUUCUUUUUUUUUUUUUUUUCCAGGUAAUUCUUUUCUCAGUUGCAUAAAGUCAUUCUCCAAUGCUCUGGUUCCUAUCUUGUGAAUGGCCUUUUAAAAAGUUUCAUUAUAAUCUGGAUCCUCAUCACUUGUAUUUCCUAUCUAGAGAACCUUUUCUUCUUCUUUGCUAAUUUUUGUCCCUCAGACUGUUUAAGAUCCAGCUCAUCUCAGAAAGACUUUUUUCUUAAAAUGCUUUUUCCUUCCUCUUAAACUUCCGUUGACUUGACCUCAAUGCUUCAAAUUAGUCUGUUACAAUUAGUAGUUGUUAUUAAAUUGCAUUGAGAACAGUUGUCAAGGCAUAUGUGUAUACUUCAUCCCAACUUAAUGUAAGCUCUUUGAGUUUUGGUAUGGUAUCUAUGUCUUUUAGCAUAUAGCUAAUAAUUUUCAUAGACUAGUUGUUUAAGUUUUUCAAACUCACUCUCCAACCAUUCUUAAUCUGGGCAUGUACUCCCUUUUGCCACUAGACCUAAAACUUUUAAAAAUGGACACCAUAGGAUACCACAUACAAAGGCCUUGUUCAUGUCUUCUACAUAUGCCUCUGGGAAUAUUAAUUCUGGUACCUCAGCCUCAACUAAUAUUUGUGCUUGAGCAUGCAUCUGUGUGUGAACCUGUAUAUCCAGGAUUUAGAGUCAGCAGUUGUUCCACUGAUAAGUACUUUUACCUGCUUUCUGUGGUUUGAUUCACAGAGACUCUGAUUUCCAUAUCAAGUAGUUCAAUCUUCCUGUAACUGCCAUCUAAUACCAAGUUGAGAGGAGUACAGUUUAUUAUUAUAAUUAUCUUCCAGGCCAUCUUUCAUUCCCCAUAAAGUUAAGAAACAGGAAGUCUUUUCAGAAUCCUAUAGUCAUGUAUGAGACAUUAGCUUAAACACCUCUCUUCCAAUCCUUGCAGGAGCGCCCCAUUGUUGGGAGCCUUUGCCUCUGGUAUCUGCCCCUUUUCUCUUAGCAGGACAGUAGGAUUGACAGUGUAGCAGAGGAGAAGGUUAGAGGUGCAAUGUCAGAUAUGUAAACGUCAGGGGAGAGAUGAUUGUGAGCUCCAAUUUAUGUCUGAGAUAGUGGAGAAGAAAGAGAAGAUAAUUGAGGCUCAAGAAAAUAAGAAUUAGAUGUGAUUUGGGGGGAGGCACCUCAGAAAAGAUUAGGAAGAAUGUGUAUUGGGGAGGUCUAUAAAAACUACUGAAACAAGGACACGACUAGAAAUUUGCCAUUUGUAAAUAAAUGUUUUAAAUUUCUGUUUUCAGAUAUAUUUAUAAGAUCUACAGAUAGGACUUACUUAAAAAUGUUUUAUCUUGGGAGCACCUGUAUUCUGAGAAGGAGCCCAACCCCAUAUUAGCACAUGGACCCAUGCUUCCACUGUGAUUUGCACCUUACUGGUCAGAACCCCUUGCCUAUUGGAUGCUAUAAUUUUACCUUCUGUUUGUUCUUUGCUCAUUGUCCUACCAUUCUGUGUCUGGAGGGGGAAAGCCAGCUCUAUUCAUAAGUAUGUUACCCCUCACCACCAGUCUGGUGUAGGUUUUCAUUAAGAAUGAAUGUCCUAAAAAAAAAAAAAAUGAAUGUCCUUACUUCCUGGAAAAGUAUUCAGGAUCAUGUAU